AUGAAUGACGCACAGAACAGCAGAGUACUGUCCAGAUAACACACAGCUACUCUCCCUCAGCCUGCGGCCCACACUCCUUGGACCUCAUGAUGGCUUUUUCUACUUCCGCCAUCGCUGCUCUGAUGCUGACCCUGCAAGGUUUGGAAGCGGCUCUCGUUUUAACCCAGGAGAAGACCCUCUCUGUGAACAGAGGAGACAAUGUCAAAAUAUCCUGCACUGAAACUGACAGCAGCAGCAACUAUGUGUUGUCCUGGUACCAGCAGAAGAGUGGUUCACCGCCAAAGUAUUUACUUUACACAACUGGCAGUAGGGCAAGUGGCGUUCCCAGUAGGUUUACUACUUCUGGUACAAGAAAUGACAAAACAGAGUAUCUACUGAUUAAUGGCAUUCAAGAUGAAGACGAGGCGACAUACCACUGUGCGUGUGUCAGCUGUGACUCUUCAACCAUCUUUGGUGGUGGCACUGAAGUCAUUCUUGCUGGUUCCCCGUCCCCCCCCAGUCUGGAGCUGAUGGUGCCCACCCAGCCUCCUGUCCCGGGGCUGGGGGGGCCCACUCUGGUGUGCCUGGCUAAGGGCUUCCACCCGGCCGGGGCCGCCCUGUCCUGGUCCGAGGACGGAGCCUCUGUGAGGGGCGAGGAGGUCCAGGCGGGCGUGGCCCAGCGGCAGCCUGAUGGAAGCUACUCCCUUAGCAGCGUCCUCCUGCUGCCCUCCACAAGGUGGCGCUCAGGACACACCUUCACCUGCCAUGUGAGCCACUCUGCUCUCAGCAGCCCGCUGAGCAAGAGUGUGAGCAGCCAGCAGUGCUCCCUCUGACAGAGAACGAGAAGAUACAGGGAGCGCUACAGGAGGACGACAGGAGGAGAAAUAGAGUAGAGUACGCAACCUUUUAGCGGCUUGGUUGGCCUGAGAUCCAGGCUCAUGUCCUUCAGCUCCGAGUGAAAUACUUCACCAUGUUUUAAUGCUUUACUGUGUUCAAUAAAACUGCUUCAUCAUGACCCAUCGCUGUCUUUUUUAAUCCCUGGGGGAGUUAAAGGACCUGAAGUUAAGAUUCAAGGUUUGCAAAGAGAGUAGAAGGAGCAGAAGGGAGCAAGUUUCUGAAACACGACAAUGAAAAACAUCCCCUCCCUCUCUGCAUCAAUCCUCCCUACAGUUCUCCUCCAUUGAGAAAUGUUGCAUUCAAAGGACAACACCCAGGGAUGGACAGGCCCAAAAAUUUGGCCCGGGACUUUGGGAUGGAGAGGCCUUUUAUGAGACCGCGGGAAUAGCGCGCGUAGAAUUUUGCCACGGUGUAAAAUAAUAAAAACUAGUCCUUAUCCGUGGAUAUGUGCAUUGCAACGGCAUGUCAAU